CACGCUCAGAGAAGAAGAAACAUGGUUAGUGUCAUGUAAUCAUAACAUGACCAAGGUUAUGCUAAAGAUAUUGGAGAAAAUUAUGAUCCACAUUUAACAAAAACAGAGUUUCAUCUUAUCUUGGUCGCGAUGAGUGUCCCGUGUUUCCUGUCCUCCGCUGCCCGAAGCUUCAGCCUGCCGUGUCCCGCCGCCGGUCUGCUCUGCUGCCGGUUCCUGGGCCCCAGUUCCGUCACAAGAAGAAAUAUGUCCUCCAAAAGGCAACUGGACCAUCUAGAGAGGACAGCGAACAACUCCAGACAAAAUGCCCUGUAUCCAGCUCAAGUUUGUGGAAUCCUGACUGAGUCAGAGACAGUAAAACGUUUGAGGAUAGCCGUCCAUGCAGACUUCAGCUUCAAAGCAGGACAGUGGGUGGAUUUCUUCAUCCCCGGUGUGGAGAAGGUGGGAGGUUUCUCCAUGUGCUCCAGCCCAGGUUUACUGCAGCGGGAGGGGGUCAUUGAACUGGCCGUAAAAUAUUCCAAACACCCCCCAGCACACUGGGUCCACACUAUGUGUACAGUGGGCUCCCAGGUGGCCAUGCGUGUCGGCGGGGACUUCUUCUUCGACCCAUCGCCUUCCGACCCCUCCAUGGAUCUGCUGCUGGUGGCUGGCGGUGUGGGGAUCAACCCUCUGUACUCCAUUCUGUUGCACGCCACAGAUCUCUUGCAUCGCAACCAGACCUCGGGCGGUCGGGACUACAACAUAGGCUCCACUCACUUGUGCUACAGCGCCAAGAACACCCAGGAGCUGCUCUUCAAGAACUCCAUCGUCGAGGCUUGUCGGGAGUUCCCUGACAAGUUCUCCUGUGACUUCCACGUCACGCAACAAAGCACAGAUGUCGACCCACACCUCCAGCCAUUUAUCAACCGUGGGAGAAUCACAGAGGAGGAGUUGCGGGCUCAUGUGGACCCACAGAGGACUUUGUGUUACCUGUGUGGGCCCCCGCCCAUGAUCGAAGCAAUUUCAAAAACCCUCACGGACCUCGGCCUCCCCAAAGACAGGAUCCUCUUUGAGAAGUGGUGGUAGAACCUCAGACAGUUCGCCGAAAUCUUCAGGGUUGUCCUCCUGACUCUUGAUUCCUUUUUUAGUGUUCAUGGGGACGAUGCGUGGGCUGUAGCUGUAGCUGUGGCGAGAGAGGAAAUCAGCUGAAAUAUUCCAGUGAUGCGGACAUUAAUGUGAGCGCUCGAGCAGUUGAGGAAAUUCAUCCUCUGAUCCCUGCCGCUGCAACCUGUGCUUGAUCUGUUAUGGACCACUGGGACCGCCCACUCUUCAGCUAGCAGCUGACUCAUAAAGACAACAGAGAGUAGUUUUAUUUCAAAUAAUCUUAACAGGAAGACUGCGUUGGUGAAUAACGCACACUUUGACGCACAUGAUGCAUACCGUCAUAUUCUGUCUCAUUUCCAGCUUAUACUCGCUUUACUGAGGUUCUGCUUUAACAAAUUAGUAGGUGAUGUUUAGAGUUUUUCCCUGAAUUUUCACCUAAGUAACCUAUGCAAGCAUGUGCUAAAGGAACAGUUUGAAAUGCGCUUUUUGCUGUCUUGUUGAGAAGAGAUGAGAAGAUUGACAUCACACAAAUAUAAGUUUAUCAUAAAGACUUUAAACAGGGGGAAACAGCUUGUGUGGCUCUUUGCAAAGAUAUCCACUAAAGCUUUCCUGGAAGUCACUGCACCUGGACAAAGAGUAGUCCGGCACAUAAACACCCCCCGAACGUGUGGAUGCCAUAAAUUAUAUAUAAUGUGUUAGCCAAACUAGCAAUUUGUCCCUGUUUCCAGUCUAUAUGCUAAGCUAACCCACUGUUAGCUGCGCCUCAUGAUAUUUCUCUUGCCAUGUAAUUCUCAGUAAGACAGCAAAUAAUGUCAAACUGUUGCUUUAAAGUUUCUGUAACAUAGAGGAUCAGUGCAAACAAUAUCAAACUGUACUGUUAUUUUACACUGUGCAUAAGUGUUUGAGUGACUUAUUUUCUUCUAUCGAAAAACUUUUAAUACUAACUUGAUAAAGUGCGUUCUCAGAAGCAUAAGACCAUGUGUGUAAAUACCUCAGAGCUAUUUAUUUGCAGAACAGAAGAUUUUAGAGUUGUUUGACUGAGUUACAAUGCAGUGAUUGUUUCUACAUUUUACUCACAUGCACACUUCACACCACCCAGUGUAUUUUUAGAGUCAGAAACUUCUCCCACAUAUUGACCAGUACUCACACUAUUACACUCAUACUGUCUCAUACACAUCCACAUACCCAUGAACGGUUUCUCAUCCCAGGGUGCCGUGAGUAUCCCAUUGUGUGCUGUAAUGGAACCUCCAGGUGGUCUCUGAUUGGCUUGGAUCACUGAACAUCCCUCGGAGAUGGCUGCGAGCUCCUUGUCGUCGUCUCUCAGUGGGGGUUGCGCCGUUGAGACUCAUUUUCGAGUUGUUUCUGCAUUUCUUCCUCAUAUGAGGACAAUGUUUAUGCUGGCAACGUGAGAUUUAAAGGAAAUAAAGGAA